UAUUUUAUGGUCGGAUUCGGACCGGGCAGUGGAAAUGAUCGGAGAAGUCAUCGGCGACUGAAAGGAAGAGAGACAGGGAGAGGGAGAAACAAAGGUUCAAUCAAAUCAAAUCUUGAUUUUAGCUGAGCAAUUCUUCGCAGAGAGAUCCCCAGGGAACAGAGAACACGGAGGGAGGGAGAAGAGAGGCAACGCAGAUGAUCCUCGCAGUUCUAUUCGCAAAUUCCGUGGGGAACAUCCUCGUCGAACGUUUUAAUGGGGUUCCUGCUGAGGAACGACUGCAUUGGCGCUCCUUCCUGGUUAAGCUGGGUGCAGAUAACCUUAAAGGAGUCAAGAAUGAGGAGCUUCUUGUAGCUUGCCACAAGUCAGUUUAUAUUGUUUACACGGUGCUUGGGGAUGUCAGCAUCUUUGUUGUGGGCAAGGAUGAGUAUGAUGAACUUGCCUUGUCAGAAGUGAUCUUUGUAAUAACAUCGGCCGUUAAGGAUGUAUGCGGCAAGCCUCCAACAGAGCGGCUUUUCCUGGAUAAAUAUGGGAGGAUAUGCUUGUGCUUGGACGAAAUUGUGUGGACAGGAUUGCUGGAGAACACUGAGAAGGAUAGAAUCAAGAGAUUGAUUCGACUAAAACCUCCGACUGAGUUCUGAAUUGGAAAUAUCUGUAUCUCUGUUGCCUGCUCCCUGUAGUGAGUGCCCCUGGUUUAUCCUUUCAGAAUGAAUAUGGUUUUCGGACAUGGCUUUCUAUCCAGUUCUCUACACAGGUCAUGAUGCAUUUGUAUCCUCCGAAUUUUGCCAUUCUUGUACUUUGAUCUAUAUCCUCAUAUAAACCGAAGAUCUUGUAUCUUCAGAUGCAGCCCUCCAAUACUUAAAGAGCACUGGGUUGUAAGAUGUUUUUUGGCUUGUGAUAGGAUCAGUGGUAUCUCUCUGUGUGUUGCAGUUUCCGGCUUUCAUGUACUUAAGACAAAUGCGGGAAAUAUGUUCCUAUUUCUGAGUUUCUGUUUCUUUA